AGCCUCUCGGACAAGCAGGGCUGGAAGAAGAACUUUGACAGUUGACACGGCAUGAAGGGGAUUCAUUAUUAUUCAUAACUGUUGUGCAAUAAAAGAACUACAAAAUGUGUUUUUAUAAACAAACUGAUCAUUAGAAACUGAAUACUGAAAAUACUGGCUGAAACUACAGAGAAUUGAAUGGGCACUUUUGUAUUAUCAUCAUAGAACUACAACUUGGAUUUGCUCUUCUAUAUAUAGCUGUGAUAUGGGACUGAUCCACAUUUUCUACUGACAAUUGUGAUUUAGAUGGGCAAUAGAGAAAGACAAUAUCACAGUACUUCUGCUGCCAACAAGUGGGCGAGAGCUGGACUCUUGACAAUGGGAAAGCAGACCAGUAAACUAGCUAAGACCAAUCUUGAUAACUUGGCAGAAACCACACACUUCAGCGAGAAAGAGAUUAGACAAUGGCAUGAAGGGUUUACAAGAGAUUGUCCAAACGGAACAUUGAAUAGACAAGAAUUUCUGGAAAUUUACAAGCAGUUCUUUCCAUUCGGGGAUGCCACCAAGUUUGCUUCAUAUGUCUUUGAUGUCUUUGACGAGAAUGGGGACGAGGAGAUUGAAUUUGAGGAGUUCAUCCAAGCUCUAUCUGUUACAUCAAGAGGGAACAUUGAUGAAAAACUAAAUUGGGCAUUUCGUCUGUAUGACCUUGAUGGAGAUGGUACGAUCACCAGACGAGAGAUGCUGAGCAUCGUAGAGGCUAUCUAUCAGAUGGUGGGCAACAUGGUGCAGCUUCCAGAGGAUGAGAAUACACCGGAGAAGAGGGUCGACAAGAUAUUUGCUCUCAUGGACAAGAAUCGAGACAAUCAGAUAUCCAAAGAAGAGUUUUUGGACGGCUCCAGGAAGGACCCGUCCAUCGUCCAAGCUCUAUCCCUCUACGAUGGACUGGUGUGAGCAAACCCAGAACCUUACCAUCAUUUCAUCACAAGAGGGUAUCCCGUACAGCGUACUUUUAAACAUUCCUUGUUGCUCAUCAAGUUCAGCAGAAUCAUCAGGUGCUAUCGUUAUAUUUCCAAAGCAUACCGUUAAUAGAAAGGGUUGUGGGAAUCAUUUUCCAGAAUUCAUUCUAAGUGGUGCAUGGAAUUUACAUUCUUUGAUCGCCAAAGGGGAUACUUCUGUACACAGUAAUAUCAUUUUACCAUGUGUUUUCUCCUGUGCAUUCAAAGUUUGCACAAUCAAAGAAGUGUUAAAUACUUCAUGUUAACAGUUUCAAGCAGAAAGGGCGUACAAAACAAUAUUUCAUCAUGUGUCUUAUCUAUUCAGUUUUUAUUACUGAAGUAAUUACAAUAUCACUGUGAAUAAUUUGGUUGGUGAACGGUCUGGUCUGUUGCAUGAAUGUUUUUGUGAUUGUAAGCAUUGUAAAUCACAUUGAGAGGUCUAACAAUCCCGAAAUGAAUCAAGAAUCGAAGAACGCUUUCUAUUUAUUAGUAAUAUACAGUACUCAAAAGAGGGUGGAAACUCUGGAAUGUGUUAUUCUU